ACCAUUUCCUUAGGAAAAAAAAAGGAGGUGAGGUGAGAAGAAGAUCUCAUCUGACCAAAAACCCACAAACAAAACAAAGACAGACAAAAGAGAGAGAGAGAGAGAGAGAGAGAGAGAGUGUGAGGAAGGUUGUGUCUGAAGCUAAUAGGAGUAUUUUACUUAUUGUUUGGUGGGUUUUUGCGGGACUAGACAACCCACCAGUUGUUGCGGCUCUUUGAAGAGAGAGAAAGAAAGAGAGAAAAGAAAAAGACUUUAGAGAGUGAGAGAGAGAGAGAGAGAGACAGAAAGAGAAAGAGAGAAAUAUUAGAGAGAGUAAGAUGGUGACUAAUAUGGAGAUGGGAUCUCAAACUCACCAGCAAAAUCACAACUUCCACCACUACUACUAACUCCAACCAUUUCCCCAUUCAUUUUUUUUUUCAGCAUCUCUUGUAGUAGUAAGAUAAAUGUGAUGUGUUGGACCACUUAUGUUCUAGCUUGAUUGGAAGAUUCUGAUAGAUUCAAGAAUAGUAUACUUAGUAGGACUUCAAAUAUUGUUUCAGCAUACUGGUAGUCGUGUUUGUUGCAGGACUUCUUUUUGGUUCUUUUAAAACAGUUUGAUGGGUUCCAGAUUCCCAUCUCAUCAACUCAGCAAUGGCCUCUAUGUCUCAGGCCGGCCUGAGCAGCCAAAAGAAAGGACUCCAACAAUGAGUUCAACUGCCAUGCCCUAUACUGGUGGUGAUAUCAAGAAGUCUGGAGAACUAGGGAAAAUGUUUGAUAUCCCAAUGGAUGGCUCUAAAUCUAGGAAGUCUGGGCAGUUAACCAGUGCUCCUUCAAGGACUGGAUCUUUUGGAGGUGCUGCGACGCAUUCAGGACCCAUCACGGCAAAUUCAGCAGCUCGGGCUGGGUAUACAACAUCAGGUCCUGUAUCUUCAGGCAUGGUUGGUUCAGUUUCAAUGAAGAAAUCAAAUUCUGGGCCACUGAAUAAGCAUGGUGAACCUAUGAAGAAGUCAUCUGGUCCCCAAUCUGGUGGAGUGACACGCCAAAACUCUGGCCCUAUCCCAGUUCUUCCUACAACAGGUCUUAUUACUUCUGGGCCUAUUUCUUCUGGCCCACUAAAUUCAUCCGGGGCCCCAAGAAAGGUCUCUGGGCCUCUAGAUUCCAUGGGGUCAAUCAAAACACACGGUUCCUCUGUUGCUCACAACCCAGCUGUGACUACUCUGACCCAAGAUGAUGAAUAUUCCUUCAGAAGGAACUUCCCAAAGCCAAUAUUCUGGUCUGUGAUUCUGAUAUUUGUGAUGGGAUUUAUUGCUGGGGGUUUUAUUCUUGGAGCGGUCCACAAUCCCAUUCUGCUCAUUGUUGUGAUAAUUCUUUUCGGUUCAGUGGCUGCAUUAUUCAUUUGGAACUCAUGUUGGGGGAGAAGAGCUAUCACAGGUUUCAUUUCUCGUUAUCCUGAUGCUGAACUGAGAACUGCAAAAAAUGGGCAAUAUGUGAAGGUUUCUGGGGUUGUUACCUGUGGUAAUGUACCGCUUGAGUCAUCCUUCCGGAGAGUUCCUAGAUGCGUCUAUACAUCGACCAGUUUAUAUGAGUAUCGAGGAUGGGAUUCUAAGCCAGCCAAUUCUACACACCGUCGUUUUACAUGGGGACUUCGAUCAUCUGAGAGGCAUGUGGUCGACUUCUACAUCUCUGAUUUCCAGUCUGGGUUAAGAGCAUUGGUUAAGACAGGCUAUGGUGCAAGGGUGACUCCUUAUGUUGAUGACUCUGUUCUUAUUGAUGUUAACCCAGAAAACAAAGACAUGUCUCCUGAGUUUCUCCGCUGGUUGGCAGAGAGGAACCUUUCAAGUGAUGAUCGUGUAAUGCAAUUAAAAGAAGGGUACAUCAAAGAAGGUAGCACGGUUAGCGUGAUGGGUGUUGUUCAGAGAAAUGACAAUGUGCUUAUGAUUGUCCCUCCACCUGAUCCACUAACAACUGGAUGUCAAUGGGCACAAUGUAUCUUUCCAGCUAGCCUUGAGGGUAUUGUUUUGAGAUGUGAAGAUACAUCAAAAAUUGAUGUCAUACCUGUUUAGGACAUCACUCAUUCAGUCAUUUGUGAAAUAUCUUGUUCGUAAUAUCAGAAAUUGGUGAUGGUGGUGGUGUUUGUAGUAAAAAAGUGGUGGUAAGUAUGUUGAUUAAGAUGAUGUGAUUUUUAUCUUUUUCUUUUUUGUUUCCUUUAUUUUUUUCCCCACCUUUAGCUUGGUGUAUAGUUUUAAGGAGUUUUCAUUCCGUUAUUUUUCCUAGGGUUUGGAAGCUUUUGUAAUGGGCGUGUUGAUGUAAUGAGAAAAUUUACAGGUUUGAGCAGACUGCAGUUAUGUUGAAAAGGAAAGAAAAUGUUUGAUUCAUGAGUUGAUUUUUCA